ACAUUCGAGAGAAAAUCUUCCGUUUCCCGCCAAAUUUAUAGCGGCCUAUACUACUGUUUACUUUAUGUAUUAUAUAUUAUUUUAAACGAAUUAUAAACAAUGGAAGGGUUCGACGACCCAGGAAUAUUCUUUUCCGAUAAUUUUUCAGUAGGCGAUACUCAUGAAUCUCAGACUAAUCUCCAAUUUUUCAAAAAGAAAUUUAUGGAGUUUAUUAGGCAAUUUCACGAAGGAAAUUUUAACUAUAAAUACAGAGAUACUUUGAAACGCAAUUACAAUCUUGGUCAGUAUUGGGUGGAAGUUAAUUUGGAAGAUUUAGCAGCUUUCGAUGAGUCUCUUGCAGAGAAAGUUUAUAAACAACCAACAGAAUAUUUACCAAUAUUGGAAGAAGCUGCAAGAGACUUGGCUGAUGAACUUACUGCUCCAAGACCCGAAGGGGAGGAGAAAGUUGAAGACAUACAAGUAUUAUUGUCUUCGGACGCUCAUCCAAGUUCUUUGAGAGGCAUGAAACCUGAUGCAGUUUCUAAGCUUAUCAAAAUACCUGGCAUUGUUAUUUCUGCAUCUGGAAUUAGAUCAAAAGCAACAAAGAUUUCUAUACAAUGUCGCUCUUGCAGAAACAUGCAAACUAAUAUUUCUAUCAAGCCUGGUUUAGAAGGAUAUGUUUUGCCUAGAAAAUGUUCAACAGAACAAGCAGGUCGACCAAAAUGUCCAUUGGAUCCAUUUUUCAUAAUGCCAGACAAAUGUCAUUGUAUUGAUUUUCAAGUUCUUAAAUUACAAGAAUUACCAGAUCAAAUACCGCAAGGUGAAAUGCCACGCCAUUUGCAAUUGUAUUGCGAUCGUUAUUUAUGUGACAGAAUUGUACCAGGCAAUAGAGUUCUCAUUUUGGGAAUAUAUUCUAUUAAAAAGGUUACUAAAGCUGCUACUAGAAAUGCAGCAAAAGAUAAAACAUUAGUCGGCGUUCGAGCUCCAUAUAUAAGAGUUAUUGGUAUUUCUGUGGAUGGAGAAGAUACAGGCAGUGGUACUCAUCCAACUGUUACAAAUGAAGAAGAAGACUUAUUUAGACGUUUAGCUGCAGAUCAAAAUUUAUAUGAAAGAAUUGCAAAAAGUAUAGCACCGAGUAUCUUUGGUGUAUUGGAUAUUAAAAAAGCUGUAGCAUGCCUACUGUUUGGUGGAUCUAGGAAAAGAAUGCCUGAUGGUCUUUGUAGAAGAGGAGAUAUUAAUAUUUUAAUGUUGGGUGAUCCUGGUACAGCUAAGUCUCAAUUACUAAAAUUUGUGGAAAGAGUCGCGCCAGUCGCGGUUUACACAUCUGGGAAAGGAAGUUCAGCAGCUGGUCUAACAGCAUCAGUCUUAAGAGAUCCAGUAACUAGAAAUUUUAUUAUGGAAGGAGGUGCUAUGGUUCUUGCAGAUGGUGGUGUAGUCUGCAUAGAUGAAUUCGAUAAAAUGAAAGAAGACGAUAGAGUCGCGAUACACGAAGCUAUGGAACAACAAACAAUAUCGAUUGCAAAAGCUGGAAUAACUACAACACUGAAUACUAGGUGUUCUGUUCUAGCGGCAGCAAAUUCGAUAUUCGGUCGUUGGGAUGAUAUAAAGGGGGAAGAAAAUAUAGACUUCAUGCCAACGAUUUUAUCGCGUUUCGAUAUGAUAUUCAUCGUUAAAGAUGAGCACGAGCAAAAUAAGGAUAUAACGUUAGCCAAACAUGUGAUGAACAUUCAUACAAACGCUGGUCAAAUUACGGAAGUGUCCGCGGAAGGAGAGCUACCGUUGCAUAUACUGAAGAAAUAUAUUCACUAUUGCAGAACACGUUGCGGUCCGAGACUUAGCAAAGAGGCAGGAGAGAAAUUAAAGAAUCGUUACGUAGUAAUGCGAGCCAGCACGAAAGAACACGAGAAGGAUACUGAAAAGAGAUUAUCUAUUCCCAUAACCGUCCGCCAAUUGGAAGCUGUUAUAAGAAUUUCGGAAUCGUUAGCGAAAAUGCAUUUACAGCCGUUUGCCACGGAACUCCACGUCAACGAAGCUCUCAGACUUUUCCAAGUUUCUACUUUAGAUGCUGCAAUGUCCGGAUCGUUAGCUGGCGCGGAAGGAUUUACCUCGGACGAAGAUCACGAAAUGUUGUCCCGCAUCGAGAAACAGUUGAAACGUAGAUUUCCGAUAGGAAAUCAAGUAUCCGAACAAAAUAUUGUCAAAGAUUUUGUAAAGCAAGCGUAUCCAGAACGUGCUAUUUACAAAGUUAUACACACAAUGAUACGUCGUGGAGAACUUCAGCAUCGUAUGCAACGUAAAAUGUUAUUCAGACUCCAGUGAAAUUUACGAUACUAAUUCGUCCUUAAAUGGAUAAUGCGGAUGAUUUUCGACUCUGAAAAAAAUUAUUUAAAAAAUGUUAGACCUUUUUUUUUUUUUUUUUUUUUUUACCAAAUUGAAUGAAUCUACAUACCCUUUAAAAAAUA